UUCUGUUGUAAAAUAAAAUAUAAAAAAUUGAAAAAGUAUAUUUAAAAAAACUAUUAAAUAUCAAAUUACAACGAUUUGCCGAAGUUUGUGUUGUAUCGAAAAUUAUAUUAUUGCUCAGCUGUGCAACGUCGUGAUUCGAAAGGAUUUUCACUUUCACACGUACGCGAGAAAACAAGAGAAAGAAAUAAUAAAUUAAAUUAAAAGAAAAAAUCAACAACUAAAGAAAAUAGUUUUGUUUACAACAACGUAGAACGACACAUACAUCCAUCGUACACUGGUAUUCGCCGGCCACUCAUAGGCGCACCAAACUAGUUCGGACACAAGCUUAAUGUAGAUACGCAAGCCACCGCACAAAACACACACAAACGCACGUCGCAACAACGGUAAUUUUACAAUAACUACGCUUGAACUCAAUUGCGGACCACUUGCCACACUUGCCACAGGCUAUACACGCUUCACAUUCGCGAAUUAGUUCAAGGCUGUUGUGAUAAGCAACUUUUAGCUGUUGCCAGCAAGCGGGCAACAAAACUUUUUAUUCGUUUGAAAAUCAAAAGAAGUGCAAUCGUGCCGUGCAAUGCAGGUGAUGGAAAUAUCGUCGAAAGACAUGGAAGUCUGUUCGAACUCCAUAUCUGAUUUAAAAGUGGAUGCAUCUUUUCGAAAAAUAGCCAAAAAUGCAAUUUGUUUUCAUAUUUGGAAAAUAGAAGAGGAUCGAUUGGAGGCCGAGCCGAAAAAUCAAUAUGGCAAUUUUAUUGACGACUGUGCUUAUAUUAUUUACGCAGCUGGGCCAAAGGGUACCUACAUUAACCAGGAUACUAUAACUCGUGAUACCAAGCCCGGCACUUAUCUAGAACGUUUCAUUCACUUCUGGUUAGGUGAGAAGGUGUCUGAACAGAAGCGUUCCAAUGUGGCUCAUAAAAUUCAAGAGCUGGACUCCUACUUUAAUAAUAUUGCUACCGAAUAUCGAGAGACACAGGGUAACGAGAGUGCACGCUUUCUGUCCUACUUUAAAAAUGGUUUUACCAUUCUUUCAAGCAAUCUGAACGGUUCGAAGAGUAUCGAUCGUCUUUACCAAUUGCACGGUCGCAAAUGGCUGCGUUGUAUUGAAGUGGACAGUAUAUCAUGGGAUUACUUUGGUUCCGACUAUAUAAUGUUGCUAAAGACAGAAACGAAUACCUUCGUUUGGAUUGGUCGUUCUAGUAGUACAGCCGAGCGACGUAGUGCCCUAGAUUGGGUCACAAAGCUGGGCGUCAACACAGCUAAUGUAACUAUUGUAGAUGAUGGCUACGAACAAUCGUUGCCAGAGAAGAUGAAAAAUCAAUGGAAUUCCUUUUUACCGCUUAGUCAACGAGUCGUCAGUCAAAUAUCAGCAAUACCCGAGAAGCAUCCUAACAAUAAGAUGAAGAUUUAUAAAUGCGGCUACCGUGGUACGCGUUUACAUUUGGAUCAAUUAGAUGUAGUUAUACCAACGCAAGAAGAUCUGACAGACACGAGCACUGCAUAUGUUUUGGAUGGCUACUUGCAUGGAGUUUGGUUGUGGGUUGGCAAUAUGGCACCGCAUCAGGAUAAAAUUAGCGCCAUGGGCAAUGGGCGUGCAUUUGUUAAAAAGAAAAAGUAUCCAUACUCAACACCUGUUAUCCGAGUUGUGCAAGGCCAUGAGCCGAUUGAAUUCAUACGUCUGUUUCCGAGUUGGCAAACAGAUGCCACAGAGUCUAUAAAACCUGUCUCGACAAUAUUCAAGCGCUUCGACGCUCUCACGCUGAGCCAAAGACCGAAAAUGGCUGCCGAUACGCAACUAAUCGACGAUGGUAUUGGUGAACGGAAAAUCUAUCAUGUAACCAAAGAUAAAAUUAUCGAAAAAUCACAAUCGAAAGCCGUUAUAUUCAUAACAGAUCAAUGUUAUAUGAUUGAGUACACAGUGAUGCUACCAACAACAAAUCCCACCGAUGCACAGAAUGUGGGCGUCAGCACGAUCAUCUAUCAAUGGAAUGGAUCCGAAGCCAAUGCUGAUGACGUAGCCAACUGUGAACGUGUUGCUUUAAGCGCAUUCGAAAAACUUUCCCAAAAAGCUAUGUUUGUACAAAUGUGCGAAUGUGAUGAGACACCACAUUUUUUACAAAUUUUCGAUGGCAAACUUAUCAUACUACAAAGUGAUAGGACCAUUUCCCAUCAUAAUAAUAAUAUAAUCUACAACAACAACGAAUUGUCGCUAAUGAAUAGAGAUUACUUUGUGUUGCGCAUCUAUGGUGAUACCAGUUAUAAUUCAAAAGCAGUAGAAGUUUAUCCCUUGAAUACAAUGAAUUCUAAGGAGUGUUAUGUGGUGAAGACAAGUCAUGUAUGGGUAUGGUGUGGCCAGAGUUCGACGGGUGAUGCACGUGAAAUGGCAAAAAAUAUUGGCACUCUACUAGGCGAAUGCUCACUGGUAGUCGAGGGCAAGGAGCCCCGGGAAUUUUGGCGUUCAGUCAAUGUGUACAUGUCCCAGCCGCUUAUCAAUUGUAACAACACUUCCAAUGGCUCGAAUAGCUCUAAUGGCAGUUGUUCUUCCCCUCAAAAUGGCACCUACAUAAGUAAUAACAAUAACAAUGUGACAAAAUUACGCCUACAACCACAAUUAUUUUUGAUCUGGUUGCAACGCGGCAAAUUCCAUAUGCAGGAAGUCAUUGGCUAUGAACAAACUGAUCUCUCGUCCGAAUCUAUGUAUGUGCUAGACACGGGCUCACUUGCAUAUCUUUGGAUUGGCAAACAGUCAUCCACUCAUGAGAAGGACAAGUAUAUGAAAAUAGCCCAGCAGUAUCUUGAGUCGGUGCCGAUAGCACGCCGAGCCACCACAGCAGUAGCUGUGAUUCGUCAACACUACGAACCAAAUACAUUUAAGGGUUUGUUUGAGAAUUGGGAUCAUAACCUUUGGAAUAACUACAUAAGUUAUGAACUGAAGCGACAGGCUUUUUUGAAACAUGAAAAUACACCAAACAUAAAUGGAACACUUACAAAUGGCAUGAACGGUAACGGAAUUAUACCAGUACUGAAGAAUCAUCAGAAAGACUUUGACUUGCAUCAUAAGUAUCCGAUAGCUACGCUACAGCAGGAAAUCGACUUGUUGCCUCCGGAGGUGAAUCCGCUGAAGCGUGAGGUCCACUUAACACACGAUGACUUCGUCUCUCUCUUUAAUAUGUCUUUUUGGGAAUUUGAUGAGCUACCCGUGUGGAAGAAACAGGAAUUAAAAAAGAAAUAUAAAUUAUUUUAAACAUUUAUAUUCUUUGUUGUGGGAUAAAUGAUGAAAAAAGGGAUUGAAAAUGUUAAAUAUAAAUAUGUGCGUACACAUACUAUGUUGUAAUACACAUUACAGAAUUAUUUUUAACUGUAUCUGUUUACAAAUUGAAUUUUUGUAGUGCUGAAUUAUUACAUACAUACCUACAUAUA